AUGGUAUCAAGGGACAAAUUCCGUUUAAUUCUAUGCUGUAUUUUGCUGCUUCUACUGGUUCUGUUAUUUGGCAAACAUCUUGGCCUUCAUAAACGACUGAGUGUCAUAGUAACCACUUUACAGCCACCAAAACAAUACAAACCAACUUGGGAAUCGGUGGACACUCGUCCAUUACCUGAUUGGUAUGAUAAUGCCAAGUUCGGUAUUUUUCUCCACUGGGGACUGUAUUCCGUCCCCGCAUUUGGAAGUGAGUGGUUCUGGUACAACUGGGAAACAAAAAAAGAUCCUGCCAUUGUGGACUACAUGAAGAAAAAUUACCCACAAAUAAAAGAAUAUAAAGAUUUUAUUGCACUUUUCACAGCGGAGAAAUUCAACGCUGAUUAUUGGGCGGAGUUAUUUCAGGCAUCAGGUGCAAGAUAUGUUGUGCUAACCAGUAAACACCAUGAAGGCUGGACACUCUGGGGUUCUAAACAGUCAUCCAUUGGUAAUUCCGUAGACAGUGGUCCACAUAGGGACCUUGUUGGUGAACUUGCAGCCUCAAUAGCAAAGAAGACAGACUUGCAUUUUGGUCUGUAUUACUCACUACUUGAGUGGUAUAACCCUCUCUACUUAAGUGACAAAGCCAGCAAUUUUGAAAAAAAUGAUUACAUCAAGAAUGUUGUAACACCACAGCUGAAUGAGCUUAUUGUGAGUUACAAACCUGAUGUGUUGUGGCUCGAUGGUGACUGGGGUGGUAGUGACAAAUACUGGAAUGCUACAAACUUUUUAGCAUGGCUAUACAGUGAGAGUUCUGUGAAAGAUACCAUAGUAACCAAUGAUCGAUGGGGUGAACGUAGUAAACAUGGCGAUUAUAUCACAAAACUACAAAAAAUUAACGACAGAAAAUGGGAAAAUGCAAUAACUAUUGAUAAAAAGUCAUGGGGUUAUCGUCGUGAAGCAAAUAAAGACGACUUUCGGAAACUGGAAGACGUGAUAAGCAGCCUCGUGAGGACUGUCAGCUGUGGUGGGAAUUUCCUAUUAAAUAUUGGCCCAUCCCAUGAGGGAUUAAUCCAUCCGGUCUUCGAUGGACAUCUGCGUGAAAUUGGCAGUUGGCUAAAAAUCAAUGGCGAAGCAAUAUACAACACCAAACCAUGGAAACACCAGAAAGACAAGACUUCUAGUGUUUGGUAUACAUCCAGGUCCAAAUAUAGUGGUAUCACAGUAGUCUAUGCAAUACUUCUUGAAUGGCCCACACUGGAGUCCAGCCAGUUGCAGCUCGGGUCGGUGAAAAAAACAGACACAACUUCAAUCGAGAUGUUGGGACUUGAGAAAGACAUUCAAUGGCAGGGGAAUGAAAAUGGAAUAUCUAUCACAUUGCCAUUGCAAGCUGAGUUGCCAUGUCGAUAUGCUUGGGUAUUUCAACUACGAAAAGUUGUUGGUUGA